AAUUUGAUGUAUCUGAUAUCGAGGUUAACGCAUUAGCUUCAGUUUAUCUGUAUGUUAUGGGAAUUGCGCCACUUGGAUGGGCUGCAUAUUCUGAUAGAUUUUCGUCGAGAAUAAGAGUCUAUUUCAUAACUAUAUUUAUAUUUAUUCUGUCAAGUAUAAUGUGUGCUGUUGUUCCAUCAAAUCUCUGGUUCUUAUUGCUAGGCCGUGGUUUACAAUCACUUGGCUCUUCUGCUAUGUUAUCAAUAGGAGCUGGUGUUAUUAGUGAUGUUUACAAUGCUCUCGAACGCGGAACUGCAUAUGGAUUUUUUUAUAUGGCUUAUUGGGUUGGUCAAUUACUUGGUCCUAUGAUAGGAAGCUACAUUGCUGAGUAUACUAGUUGGAGAUGGAUUUUUUGGUUUUUAACAAUUUUGGGUGGAGUAAAUUUAUUACUUGUGAUAAUCUUUCUUCCUGAAACAUCCAAUCCUCCAAAUCCCACAUCUGACGAUUCUAAUGAGAAUGCUCAAUCAAAAUGUCGAUUUAAUCCACUUACACCGCUUAAAUUGUUACGUUAUCCAAACGGAACUUUGGUGAUCAUUUACAUUUGCAUUAUGUCAUCAAUAACUCAACUUCAAUUUAUUAGUGUACCUGUCAACUUCGCCACCAGAUAUCAUCUAACUUCAUCACAAAUCGGUUCAUUAUUCUUUGUAUCUGGUUUUGGAUUCAUGAUUGGCAGUUAUAUUGGUGGUAAAUCUUCAGAUAUUGUGAUGAGACGAGCAAACAAGAAAAAUGGGACUGCUCAUCCAGAAGCGAGAAUUCAUAGUGUUUGGAUUAGUGCUGUAUUAUUACCAACUUGUUGUUUGAUUUAUGGUUUGUUGGUUGAAAAAGAAGUUCACAUGGCUGGUCCAUUGAUUGCUUGGUUUUUUAUAAUUUAUAAUUCAAUGUCAACCUAUUUGGUUGACGUUUUCUCAAGCCAAAGUGCAUCAAUAAUAGCAUUAAGCAAUUGUAUACGCAUGAUGGCAGCUGGCACUUUAUCGAUUUUAGCAUCUCCAAUGGAAAAUAAAUUGGGAACUGGAUGGGCGUUUGCUCUCUUGAGUGGAAUAUGUUAUGCCAGUAUUUUAAUCUUAGUGUUGGUUUACAUUAAAGGAAGAAGUUGGCGAGAACGAUUUAAAUUUUAA